AUGCCAAUCAACAUGUCCGGACGUGGUAAAGGCGGAAAAGUUAAAGGCAAGUCCAAGUCCCGCUCCUCCAGGGCAGGUCUGCAGUUCCCAGUGGGUCGUAUUCACCGUCUGCUGAGAAAAGGCAACUAUGCUGAACGUGUCGGUGCUGGCGCACCCGUGUACCUGGCUGCUGUGCUGGAGUACCUAGCCGCUGAGGUCCUGGAGUUGGCCGGCAAUGCUGCCCGCGACAACAAGAAAACCAGAAUCAUCCCUCGUCACCUUCAGCUUGCCAUCCGCAAUGACGAGGAGUUGAACAAGCUCCUGUCUGGUGUCACCAUCGCCCAGGGUGCCCUGGUCCAUGCACCUGUUCCUACGUACUCCCUAAAGGUUCCUGGUAUAUCUGUUUGGCCUCAUCUGAACAGUGCUCUAAUCGCCAUUUUCUAG